AUGGCAAUGCCCGUCACGAGCUGCUCCUCGUUUUUGACGGCCAAAGACAAGCUGCCCGGCGCUUUUCAGACCAUCGGGCUUGACCCCCACAAAUCAGAAGGCCACGACGUACUUCUUGUGCGCCACGCUGAGUCGAUCGCUGAGGUGUUCCCCGACUGGGUGCGCCGUACCAAGAUCGACGAGCGCUUCUACCGGCCCACCGACUUGAACGUGCCUUACGAGUUGCCGCGUAGACCCGAAAUGCGUCUCGCCUACGAGAACGAUCCGCCGGCUAGCGAGGUUCAAUUACCAAUCAUCUUCGUGACUGACCCGGUGGGCUUCUACGCGAUGCAGCACCACGGGCGCGGGCUGAUCUGUUCCUACAAGCAACCCUACGAAGCGUUCCUGAAGGAGGCGACAGCCGCCAGUCCUCCGUCGGCGGCCAUGUCGUUCCGCGUGGAGAAACCGGGAAAGAUGCCAUUCUUCGAGUAUGAUGAGCUGGUUUCGCCACUCACCUACCUUGGUGGCUCUAGCCAGCCGGAACUCGACAGUGGCAUCGACUGGCAUCCCUCGCAUCGCUUC